UUGUUUUCCUAAUUGUUUCGAUUCUCUUUUUUUGCACCCCUAAAAAGGUAAUUGAUUCAUAAAUCUCACUCCAGCCAUGAAGCCAAAGUCGACAACCCUGCAAAAGAGUACGAGGAAAACGAAACGCAGGAGUUUUUUACUAUAACAGCGUUCACCGGUCUAUAGACUGUGUGAUUAUGACGCUAAUGUCAUCAACAGAACUAUACAAAAAAUAUUUGUGAACAAAAACAAGACAUUUAAAGUGGAAACAAGAAGAAACAAAGCUGGAAAAUGUUAUUACUGGUUCGCUGUUUCCAUAGUAAUUUUAAGUGUAGACCCCUACAUGUAGUUAAAUAAAGAAAAAGAUGCAAUUUCAAUCUUCUGGUUGGUUCGGCCCAUCAAGCAUCUGCAGCAUUGCCAAUACUUGUUUAAUCUCAAUAAGUUGUUGUUGUGCAGCCAACACAGAGAGAUUAUGAUCCUCCUGCUUCUUCUUCAAAACAUCUAAGAGUCUCUCAGUGGCAUCAAAACGUUCAUCGAUGGUCUUGAGAAUGGCGUUCAAACUUCCCUCGAUGCAGUCCUGUAUCAGAGCACUAUAGAUAUAAAUGUGAAUUGAAUUGAUUUAAACCUCUCUCUCUCUCUCUCUCAGAGGAAGUGGGCGUCACAUUCAGCACUUCAUGUUGAACAUGUAACCAGGAAAGAAACACUCAAAACUCAUCUGAACACACAUCGAGAGCUUCAGAAGAACUGAAUCUGCUGACAACAGAGAAGAUCAUUUAUUAAGGGAGAAGAAUGAAGAUCAUCUUGACUUUCACUCUGCUGAUGAUUCCUGGUGUCGUGAGCUCCAUGAGAGUGACAGGAUAUUCAGGAGGAGGAGUCAUGAUCACAUGUGGAUAUGAUGAAGCAUAUAGAGGAAAUGAAAAGUAUUUUUGUAAAGGACAGUGGUCAACAUGCACAGAUCAAAUCAAGACUGAAGAGAAAAAUAAAUGGGUUCAGAAGGAUAGAUUCUCUCUGUAUGACGACACAACAUCAGGAGUCUUCACUGUGACCAUCAGAGAUCUGAGUGAACGGGAUUCUGGGACGCACUACUGUGGAACUGAGAACUUUGGACUAGAUCCCAACACUAAAGUGGAUCUGAAGGUUAUAACAGAUCAACAAAACAGGAGCGUGAGAGGAUAUUCAGGAGGAAACAUCAUUAUAAACUUCAAAUAUGAGAAGAAACACAAGAACCAUGAGAAAUAUGUCUGUAAAUCUGCAGCAGAUCAAUGUUUUACUGUAAUAAACACUAACAGAGCAGCAGAAUGGAAACAUGACAGACGAUUCUCCGUUCAUGAUGACAGAUCUGCAGGUCUCUUACGUCUGUUUAUCAGAGAGCUGAAUGAGAACGACUCUGGAGAAUAUAACAUUACAGUCAAAGUUUCUGAAGAAUACAGUUUCUUCUCUGAGUUUAAUCUGAACAUCAGGGACGAUGAUUGUUGUGUGAAGAGCAUCAGUCUAUCAGCUGCUGCAGGAGGAUCUGUGAACAUCAGCUGCAAAUACCCACAAUCCCACAGAAGUGAUGUGAAGUUUCUCUGCUGGAGAUCUGGAGAUGAUCUCUGUGCUGAAGAGACGUCUGUGAAUCAGAGCAGAAGAUGGAGUCCUGAGGGAAAGAUCCAGCUGUAUGAUGACAGAGAAGAGCAGCUCCUGACGGGAAGCAUCAGUCAUGUGACUGAACAACAUUCAGAAUACUGGUGUGGAGUUCAGUCUGAUCGAGGACACAAGAGCUUCAUCACACGAGUCCUGAUCAGAGUUACAGAGGAAUCAUUACCACCACCACCAUCAUCAUCAUCAUCAUCAUCAUCAUCAUCAUCUGCUGCUUCUUUCUCAUCAGUCCAAUCUUCACCGUUCACAGGCGUUUCCAGAACUUCUACAUCACUGCCGUCUCUGAACACAUCAUCAGGCUCUUCUCUGAUCAUCGUUCUGGUUCUGGUUCUUCUGGUUCUGAUCAUCGCUGGACUCUCAUUACUGUUUCUCUGUAAGAAGCAUCAGUCUCGAGGCGGUGAUUCGCCAUCUCAGACUGGACCAAGAGAACAUGAAGUGGUUUCUUACACUGGUUGUGAUUAUGAGGAGAUUAAAGACACUCACAAACAAUUACCCACAAACCCCUCUUCUAACUGUGUUUACGCUACAGUUCAGAAAGCUACUGGUGACUCUCAGUGCUGCAUCACAUCUGCUGAGGAUCUGAAUUACGCAGUGGUGAAUUUCCACAAGGAAUCAGACUGUCCUGACAGUGUCAGUAUCAGAAAUAAUCAGGAUUACAGUGAAUAUGCUGCUGUCAGUCAUCUCACUGCUUGACGAGCCACAGCAGAGAAUAUAAAUAGCUGAAUGUUUUUAUCACCUUUUUUUUUGUGUUUGUUUUUUGUUAGUCUUCUUCAGUGAUGCUCCUUUACCGUACAUUUUAGGGCCUGUGGAAAUUAGAAAGGAACUGGCUUUUGUGUUGAGGAAAAAAACAAAAUGUUAGCUUGACAAAGUUUCUUCAUGAAGAUGUGGAUUUUGUGAAACAUGAUUUCUCAAUGUCUGGUAAUUGUGUAGGAAGAUAUGUCUUUGACAAGGUGAUGUGGAUUGUGAAAUUCUAUGUUGUGGAUGUUGGAGAUGAUUUUACUCACAGGAACCAUGCCUGAUUUGACUGGUCAAUGUUUUUUAAGAAGUUACAUUUAGAGAGAUUUCAAUGACUGUGGCGACGAGCCGUUGUAGAUCACCGAGUGGGACGGCAUGACUCCCAAUGGUGUCAGUCCUUGGUGUGGUCGGGGGCCAUAUAGUAAUAAGUUACCAGACAACUGUGUUUAUAUAUUUUGCUGCAACAACAAGACAAAGCUCCGCGAACGUGCAUGACCUAUUCCUGAGUCUGAGCAUCACAUAUACUAUGACAAGAAAUUUUUGUUUCAGUGGAAAGAUGUUUGUAUGCUUGACAACAUUUUUAUCUGCAUUGACAAGAUGUUCAGAUGGUGUGACAUGUCAAGUCAAGUCACCUUUAUUUAUAUAGUGCUUUUUACCAUGCAGAUUGUCUCAAAGCAGCUUUACAAUGAUAAUUAGUAUAAAAUUUUGGCUGCACAGCAGCUCUUAAAGAAAACGAUGUCAUUGUCCAGCUUAAGUAAAUUCAGUAUUGAUUCAUUCCGUUGUAAGAAUCAAUAGUUAUUAAUUUAGUUAAUUUAUUUAUAUCAGCACUGGAGUAAACAGUGAUGUCAUCAUUCAGCUCAGUUCAGUUUGCAUACAAGGGUGUCGAUGCAGGCAGAUCAAAACUUUGUUGAAUAUUAAGUGUGUAUCAACAUGUAUGAUCGCUACAGUUCUGUAAAGGUGAAAUAGUUUCACCCUGAGGAGGGUGUUACCAACCCUUAAGAUCACCUGAAGACCUUCAAAGUUAGGAUGUGGAGGUAUUUAACAGCUACAAACUCCAAACACUACAUCGAUACACUUCAGGACAUCACAGAUGGACAAUGCCAGCUACCACAGAAGUCUCAAGAUGAGACCGAUUGAUGUGAAAAAAGAAAAUGAAUCUGUGGAGUUUCAUAAUCUAUAUGGGUCAAGUGGGGGUCUCGGUGUUAACCCAAAAUUAGGGCUAUUACAAUUAUGAAAUUUGACUGACGAUUAAUUGUCUGAAAAAUAAUUGCAAACAAAAUCUGCUGGAAUGAGUAAAAUGAUGUGCAAUAAAUGCAAUCCCACACUGAAA